AUGUGGAGUUAUAUAGAAAAUAAGGUUGUGCUUUUUACAAUUGAUGGAUGUGGUCAGUCAUACUUUGACUGUGGCGUUAUUCCAGAAGUUAAUGCAACUGUAGAUUUUGGAAUUUCAUCAAACGCUUCCCAAUGUUUUGACUUCAUGAGAAAGGUUCAAAAAGUAGGUCCACUAGUGAACUCAGAGUUAUAUCCCGGUUGGUUAACACAUUGGCAAGAAUCAGAAUCUAUAGUAAACCCCAUCGAUGUUCUUUUAUAUGUUUCACGGAGGUACAAAUUUUGGAUUCACAUCGGCAUAUUUGAAAAGGUUGCUCAACGUAUUAAACCAGUGAUCAGUGAUGUUCCUUUACCGUUUGAGGACUUAGAUAUUAACUUUGGUUUAGUAAUGUAUGAAACAACAUUAACAGAUGAUCAAAAAAAUGUUGAAAAUCCAGUAAACCUAACUGUGAACACGGUUAGAGAUUGA